AUGGCAUCACUCCCCAAGGAACAGUGGGCGCAGGUCGUCGAGAAGACCGGCGGACCCGUCGUCUACAAGAAGAUCCCCGUCCCGAAGCCCGGCCCCGAUGAGGUCCUCGUCAAUAUCAAGUACUCUGGUGUCUGCCACACCGAUCUCCAUGCCAUGCAGGGCGAUUGGCCUCUGGCCACCAAGCUACCCCUCGUCGGCGGACACGAAGGUGCGGGUGUCGUCGUAGCCAGGGGCGAGCUCGUCGACGAUGUCGAAAUUGGUGACCACGCCGGUGUCAAGUGGCUGAACGGCUCCUGCCUCCACUGUGACUUCUGUAUGCAAUCCGAUGAGCCUCUCUGCCCCAAGCCCCUCCUCUCCGGCUACACCGUCGACGGUACCUUCCAGGAAUACUGCAUUGCUAAGGCCGCCCACAUCGCCCGCAUUCCCAAGAACCUCCCGCUCGAUGCCAUAGCACCCGUGCUUUGCGCCGGUAUCACCGUCUACAAGGGUCUGAAGGAGUCUGGAGCCAAGCCUGGCCAGUGGGUCGCCAUUGUCGGUGCCGGCGGUGGUCUCGGCUCGCUUGCUCAGCAGUACGCGAAGGCGAUGGGCAUCCGCAUCAUUGCCAUUGAUACCGGUGACGACAAGAAGGAGAUGUGCCUGAACUCGCUCGGCGCUGAGCACUUCAUUGACUUCGCUACCUCCAAGAACGUGGUCAAGGAUGUCCAGGCCGCGACUCCGGAUGGCCUUGGCCCGCACGCCGUCAUCCUCGUCGCCGUCAACGAGAAGCCCUUCCAGCAGGCUGCUGAGUACGUCCGCCCGCGCGGCACCGUCAUCUGCAUUGGUCUUCCGGCUGGCGCGUACCUCAGGGCGCCGGUCUUCGAGUCCGUCAUCAAGAUGAUCUCCAUCAAGGGCUCCUACGUCGGCAACCGCAAGGACUCCGCCGAGGCCAUCGACUUCUUCGCCCGCGGCCUCAUCAAGGCGCCAUUCAAGGUCGUCGGUCUGUCCGAGCUCGGCAUGGUGUACGACAAGAUGCACAAGGGCCAGAUUGCCGGACGAUAUGUCCUGGAUACCACCAAGUAA